AUGGCUAUAAUGCAUAAGCCACGUGAGCUUCCGGCUCUGCCAGCGCCGCACUCAGACUUCCUCUUCUAUGUUGACAAAAACCCUGAUGUCCCUAUGAUCAAGUUGCUCCAGCCGUACAAAGCGUACGACUCCGUUCUUCGAGAGAUAUUUGCCCAGGAGCCAUCGCAUCCCGCAAUCAAAGACAACCAUGUCAACGUCGUCCCCGUUUAUACGGAGAAGAGAAGAGCAGACAUAAAGAUCCGUGCCCGUGAUAUUGCCAGGGAGUCCGAAAAUGUCCGGCAGAAGUACAUCAUGCCACUUGCAGAUGAUCUUCGCAAACCGAGUGGAAGUCCUGCGCUGGUCGAUAAUCUCAAGGAAUUCCAGACCAACUUUAACCUAUUCUCGGAGAGCUCGCUGUCGGCUCUAGACUGGAAUAAUGUAGUAGCGGCAGGGAGCUCUGUGGUAUCCUCGCUUCUGCCGGUUCCAGAUGCGUAUAGAGGCUCGAAGAGAGGCCUGAGGACGUACUAUCAUGAGCAACUGGCGCCCGCGUCUGACGUUGACUUGUUCUUGUAUGAUCUUACUGAAUACCAAGCUGUUGAGAAGAUCAAACAGAUCGAGCAAAGUAUUCGUGAUUCUAUCCUUGAAGAGACGACCACUAUACGAACCAAGAACGCCAUCACAAUCGUUUCUCGCUAUCCAACGCGUCACGUCCAGAUCGUGCUACGCAUUUACAAGUCAAUCGCCGAGAUCUUGACGGGAUUUGAUGUCGAUUGCAGCUGCGCUGCAUACGACGGAAAACAGAUAUGGCUUGCGCCGAGGGCUGUUGCUGCGUAUAUCACGCAGACUAAUCAUAUCGAUAUUUCUAGACGCUCGCCGUCUUAUGAAAACCGACUUUCGAAAUAUUCACGUCGUGGAUUUGAGAUCAUGUUUUCGGACCUCGACAGGCAACGCAUUGACCCCACUAUAUUCGAAAGGUCCUUUAAGCGUAGCGUUGGUUUAGCUCGCCUCUUGAUACUUGAGAAACUGCCGAAUUCCAGCGAACGUGAUGCUUACAUUGACCAGCGCCGCAGAGAGCGCGGGAGGCCUCAGAUCAAUCGCAACACCAGAUUCAGAUAUACUAUGCACGGCAAUAUCAAAGACCAGUAUGACGAUGAAGUGGCCGAAUGGUUCGAACAGGAUGAAGUCAGCAACUACCAUACGUUUACGAUUCCGUACGGGGAGAAAUUUCACGCGAAGAAGAUAGAGAAGUUGCUCUAUACCAAAGACCUGCUUCUCAAUGCUGAGUGGAACAAGAAGGACCGAGAGGUCAACUUGCAUCGCCACCCAGCGUUCGUCGGCUCGAUCCAUGACAUCGUUGGCGACUGCUGUGGAUGCUGUCCGAAGCCUGCGACCUUGGAAGAAGAAGAGGUUGCCCAAGAGGAGAGCAAUAUAUACGUGUCUGGUGACAUUGAGUUCAUCAAAGAUAACCCAGGACGACAGGCUAUUGGAAGCUUCAAUCCGAUUACGAAUACCGACUGGACUGAGAUGGCCUAUGUUGGCAAUACCGCCCGCUUGUGUCAAGCGAUCGUGGACUGCGACCUGGAGCAUGUCCGGGAUUGGUUGAAGCAGGAGGACGCUGACCCAAACAGACGCGAUAUUACUGGGCGAACUCCUCUUCACCUUGCAUGUAUGUUGUCGAGUCCCGAGAUUGUGAAGUGUCUGGUCGACAACGGAGCGCGCAUGAUAUCCAGACUUGCUGAUGGCCGCACCGCACUCCAUCUCGCGGCUGCCAGAGGCAAUGCAGAGAUCGUCAAGACCCUACUUCUUAGAAGCGAAUUAAACGCAGAGGAAGAAGCAAUUGGAUCAGAGCAACGUCGUGCGGCAGCAUUGAAAGCAAGAGUGACUGCUAAACUCGAGAAGGCCAGAUCCGAGGAUCCAGGAAUGAGUGAGACCGAAGUCAUAGAUGACGACGAGGAAGAUCUAGAUACAGAUGAUGAGGAUGAGAUUUCACUCACUACUGGUUCAUUCGUCAAAGUCAGACCAGAUACUUCUAAAGUCGACAACUUGCUAGACGAGGAGAGCAGGGAGGACCCAGAUAUCUACAAUGUGGACGUGCUCGCAUGGGAUUCGAAUGCGUCGCCACUACACUUCGCAGUCAUCGGUGGGCAUGUCGAAGUUGUCAAAGAGCUUAUUGGGUCAUUCGGUGCUGACGUCCUCCUGCCUAUCAAAUUGCUCAACGACUACGACAGAUCUCCAGAAGGUGCGAUCCUGCUAUUAGUCCUAGCAUUGGCUUCUCCGAACCCCAAAGAGAUGGCCACUGCGUUGAUCAAACUAGGGGCUUCUGCAGCUCAGGCGGAUCUAAAUCAAGCAACAUCAUUGCAUGCCUAUUCCGUCAAACAGCCAGAGCUUCUGCAGGUCUUGUUCGAUGAAGACGGGCCAGCCGUCUCACGUGCAAUAAAUCAUCUUGCUGUGGAAGGGUCGACACGGAGCCCAUCAGCUUAUUCUCCACUCAUGACCGCUAUCAUAGGUAAGAGCACCUUAGGUGCACUCAAAUUACUUGCUGGGGGAGCGAAUCCUCGCAUCGAGUUUGCUGACUAUAUCAAAUCUGUCAUGCUGAAGUUCCAGGAAGUUGCAAAUAGAUCUAAUGAGCAAAAUAUGGCGGAUUAUGGUCAAUCUUUCUCGCAGCCAAUCAUCCAAGCAGUCCAGUCAGAUCUACCAGAGAUUGCUCUCGGGCUACUACGACAUGGCGCGGAUCCCAACACACCUACCCCCAGCGGCUACCUCGUGAAGGCCAAUGACAAGUACAGAGACCAUCGUAAUGGGGAGACGGUCCUGGAUCGCGUAAGACAAAGGUUAAAAGCUCUCAAGGGGUACGAAGAAGUAGCGCCAAACUGGAAACCUAUCAUGCCUGAGCCAUACGAAGACGCGCGAUAUCUUGAUAACCUGAAAGACGGUCCUUACCGCCUCUGGAUGGCCAAACGUAAAAUACAAAAGGCAAGAGAAGCCUACGACCGAGAUCUCAGCGAGUGCCAAAGGAAGUUAACGGAAUGGCAUGAUCGUCAAGGAGUCAGAGAGAAACAGGCCGCUAUCGCCAAGAUGAUUGAUGCUUUUGAGACUCUCGAUGCCGAACUGGUGCGAAACGGCGCAAAGCAAUUUUAUGACUUGUAUCCCAAUAUCAAGAAACCUCAGAAGCAAUACAACUAUUCCGAUUCGGAACAUACGUACGAGAAUGCAGCCGCGUUUGAACUCAGGUUCACUUUCGAUUUACCAGAUCUCAACGACUCAACUAAAGAGGCUUAUCUUGACCUUUUCGAUGCCGCUGCCAUUGGCGAUCUAGCUUGUAUCAAGAAACUGACCCUGGCGGCUUGGGGUCCGAAGAAGGAGUUCCAACCUCUAAAUAUAGCCGUGACUGACAACUUAGGCUACAGCCCAUUCUCACUGGCUUUCUUCCGUGGUCACUUUAGUACUGCCAAGGCAAUUCUUGAAAUCGCACGCGCUCAAUACUCACCACGGGAAGUAGACGCCCGUGCUCGUUAUAGUAUGAAUCCAGCAGAUACUUGCGAAAACGAAGGCGAAAGUGAUGACGACGAGAUACAGAUUUACUCUGAGAUCGUUGACGAGCGCUUCACGGUCGAUAUAGUCCAGGAACUUGCGAAUCAAGUCAAGAGUAAUGUCGCACCAAAUACAAUGCUAUUAUGGAAAUUUCCCUUGGGUUGUUUUGGGAACGACGGCAGUGAUUUCUUGACCUAUGCCAAGCUCAGAGAUACUGAUCCCGAAGACAAUGACAUAGUGGAUAUCAUAUCGCUCGCUGUGGAGGCCGAUGACCUGGAAUUGCUUGAGACCGCUUUCGAACUAGGGUCUGAGUUCAGUCCAUCUUCUGGCUUGAAGAUCGAUGAAUACCACUUUCUACGUGCCAUAUGGAAAGGACGAACUCGCCUGCUGUCCCAUAUGAUAAGACAGACCGGUGUAGGUAUUCCAUUGGAAGUCAUCGUAGAUAAAUCUGGUGUGCCAUCCAAGGAGAAGCCGAAAUACUACCAAGGACUCACCAUUCAUGGGAAGAAACGCAAAGACUGGGCAGAUGCAGGCCGAAACAUGAGCGUACGUCCUCAACACAAGGACUCGCCGCUUCUACUUGCUGCCUACCACUCGAAUAUCGAUUCUGUGGAGUACUUUUCCAGUACGUCGCCCUUACGACAUUAUAACUACUAUGCGGAUGCGAAUAAGGAUGAUAGUAUGCUUCAGAGACUGGCACAAGCUCAGGGAGGUUUCGACAGAGCGAUUUCGGAUUGGCUAGACUCAAGAAGUAAUCUUGUGCUCCAUUGUGCUGUCAUGGCAGAACCGUCAGAGGCGAGUGAGCAACUAGUGUCUUAUCUUUUGAGACAGAAUGCCGACUUGUUGGAGGUUCGAUCGGUCGAUGGAUACACUCCGCUAUCUUUGGCUUUCAUGUUACAGCGGACCGCUAUAGCGAAAGUUCUUGUCGCUGCUGGCGCUGACCAAAGUAUCCGGGACUACAACGGUAGCAACCUGCUCCAUCUAUUACUUGCCGGGAAUGGCUUCAGCAUCUCUGCGUUCACUACUGGCUUCCAAGAGAUGCUCAGUCUCAUCGACAAGCGACUCCUCCCAUCCAUGCUGACCGAGCGGUCUAACAUCGCUGACCCUGGCUCCCUGACUCCGCUUACGCUCUGGUUGUACAAGUGUAGUAAUCUUCGAGAAACAAACGAACCCUUCGAACCUUACGUCCAGCCGAUAGUCUCCCAGAGUAAGGACUGCAUCACAGAAAACCACCUGAUUCUCAACGCGCUGCUUGACCUCGCAGGGCCAGAAAACGAAGACCUCGGUAUUCUCGAUGGCUCAGGGAACUCUCCCGUGCACUUCGCCGUACGCAACCAGCUCCCAACCGUGCUGAAGAUGAUGUUCGCCCGUCGUCCCGAUCUUCUGUACCGCGAGAACGCAACAGGCAGUACGCCUGUCGAGCUAGCACAAGACGCAUGGUCCAGCUCUUGUUUUAAGAACACACAACUUCCCGAACAACAUGCGUGGUCUAUUCGCUACCUAAGAGUCUACGACGAUCACGUCUCAGGGAUCGAAACUGUGCCUCCCAAGUCUUUCCUCCCGGCGAAGCUCGCAUCUAGGCCGCACAAGCGUAAGCUGGUGUCUCUUCUCGAGGCGAACGAGGUCGCAAGGCGAAUUGCCGGGAAACAUUCGAGUGGGCACCAGGGGCGUCGUGUGCGAAACAAGGGUAGAAGCGAUUAUGAGGAGAAGGCGGAGAAUGAUGUUGGGGAGAUGGAGAGUGGUAAAUGGAGAGCGGACGAGGUUAGUCGAUGGGUCGGCAUGGCGGCUUUGGGCGAUGGGUUUGCCAGCAGUGAUGUAGGAGCCGCAUGCAAGAAGCUCGAGAGUCAGCUGAGUGCCCUGAGCUUGUAA